AGAGCCGGCUCGACUGAACCUGUCCGAGCUGUAGAGUUUGGGGCGCUUGUGGCUCCAGUGCUCCUGUCCGACACCAUACAGGAGGGAUGUGCUGCCGAGACCUGCUGCUGGCGCUUACUGUCGGAUUUCUACCUCUUCUUUUCAACCAAUCCUUCUUCCUCUCACUGCUUCUGCCCUUCCUACAGCAAGCCCAUGGAGAGCUUCAAAAGUCAUGUUCCCGGAGUCCACCACCACCAGUGGAAGAGUUGUGCCAACUGCCCUGCCACUGCAGACGAUACCCACCUUUACCACCACCGCCCCCUCCACCACUUCCACCCAGACUGCUCUUUCUCACUGUGGCUCCAUCCGCUGUGCCUCCUGUAGAUCCCUGGGAAAGAAAGAUGGAGAUUUUAGUGCUGGGGACAGUAAGCUGUGCAUCAGUGGUCUUCCUUUUCCUCACUGUCUUCAUCUGCUACAAGGCUAUUAAAAGAAAACCAUUACGGAAGGAAGAGAACGGCACCAGUCGAGGGGAGUACGCCAUGAGCUCCCACUCCAAGCAGCAGAUAGUGGAGACCAACAACACUGGAGUAUAGUAGCUAAAAUAUUAUAAUAACAAUUCUGAAGCCAACUCUACCUACUGGCUCUUUCUCCUGGUCUGACCGGCUUUGGAGAUGGAAGCAAAGGUAGGAAAUAGACCUGGUGGUUCUAGAGAAGCAGGAUGUGUUUUAAAUUCAGCAGAAUGAUAGUUCAUGAUUGAUAGAUGACAGUAUAAUAAAGAAGCAGAGGAAAUGUCGAGCCUGAAGACUAGAUGACAGCUGCUGUGAAGCUAAAGCCGUCAGAGCCCUCGGAGGACUAUCAACAAGUAAACACCGACGACCCGACGCAUGCACUUUCUGCUAAAUGCAACCAUGCUUGAAGACCUCUUCUGCCCCUUGUCCUUCCUGUCUUCAUUUCUCUGCAAAUUGCUUCCUCCACCAGAUGUAAAUAAACAUGUAAGCCUUGCAUCCUGAUUAAAGUAAAUGCUUUCCGACCACUAGAUGUAAGAUGAAUGAGAUAUUCAGAACUUUAUUAGGAGAUGGAUUGCUUUUGGAGACGUUUGUAUGACUAUGCAACUGGAGACGUUUUGUAAUGCAUGCUUAGGAUAUCAUUUUUGAUUAGCAUUAAUAACUGCUGAUGAUAAACCCAAUACUCGCCAGUUAUGUACAUAAAUAGUAUUGCUGUACAUGUGUAACAUACUGUAACUCAGCUGUCAUUUUUUAUUUCUUUUGAAUGGUUCUAAAUCUCUUGGAGAUUUCACACUCAAAACUGUGUUCCAGCAGAUUCUAAUUCAUAACAUAUCUGUUUGAGGUGGUUCUUGAAUUACAUCUAACUAUUCAAACUACACUGAUCAGCCAUAACAUUAAAACCGCCUCCUUGUU